AUGGCUCUGCCUUCCCCGUGGCGGAGUUCAGCGAACGGCUCUACCUCAGGCCCGAAAGGUCCAGCUCCGCGCGGCGGACGAGGGUCCUGGUCUCGGCGCGCCUGGGCCUCGACCUGGCGCCCCACGCCGGCGCGGAGCCCGGCAGCCGUGGGGUGGUGCGGCUCGUCCUGCUGGACGGAGGGUGGGACAGGAGACCGCGACAGGGACGCGGGAGCCAACCAGCCACCGCGCAGCGGCACGCCGUCGGCCACCUCCGCGGGCGCGCAGGGGCGGCUGAGCGGCGAGGAGACCCUCGUGUUGGGCGAGGCGGCGGGCCCGCACGGAGGCCUCGGGCCCGCGGUCUUGGGCCGCCCCAACGGCUCGAGCUGA